GUUAUUCCGCAGCUAAUGGCAAGACUCGACUCGAAACACAACGUCGCACAACUCAUCAAACAAGUCGUCAUUGAUCUAUCGAAAGUUCAUCCACAAUCGUUGGUGUACGCGCUGACAGUGGCAGAUAAGUCGUUGAACAAACGACGAAGUGCGGUCGCCAAAGAGAUUCUCUCGAUAAUGAGUGACUACGAACCGGUGCUUGUGGAACAGGCCAGAUUGGUCAGCGAUGAACUGAUCAGAUGCGCGAUUCUCUGGCAUGAACAGUGGCACGAGGCUCUUGAUGAGGCGUCUAGACUCUAUUUUCAG